AUCAUUUCCACCGACGGUCAUCGCCGGCAGUUCCCAACCUCCGAGCAAAUGGUUGGAGCUUCGUCACGAUUACUCUCUCUCUUAAGCAAUCCGACAUAUCUCCUCCGUCACCGUUCUUUCGCUCUCUUCCGCUUAGCUCGCUGUCGUUCCCUUACUUUCCCGCUCACCACCCUCUCCGCCGCCGCCGACCGCCGCUUCCAUCUCUCUCGCCACACUUCACUUAUUCCGAUCAAACUCACUCAAAAUUUCUGCUCGAGGCCGACUUAUAAUGCAUUUCAAGAGAACAAUCAGAUUCCGGCCAACGACCACCACGCGCAACCGUCUCAUCCAUGGGUUGAGUGGAAUCGAUUACUUGAAUUUCUAUCUGUAGAAGGUUACUUCAAUGGCAGGAAUAAUGUCGAGAAUGAAUUUGCGGCGAACGAGAACUUAUCAAUGGAAUUUGUCGCUGUUGCGAAUUCAUGUUUGGCGUUUGCUCGUGAUAAACCUGAUAUCUUAGGGUUGCUUCCAAGGAAGGAUAUCGAGGUGCUUAUCGAUGAUGGGUAUCCAUUUCUGUUCAAAAAUGCCCAUGAAACUGAGAGAAGAAUGAGGUCUUUCUUACAGGUGGAGGGAUCAAACGAAGCAAGCUCAGUGGACUUAAUGAAGUAUAUAUUGAGUUAUGCAAGCAAUCCUAUCAUUUAUCCCGAAAGAUACAUUAAAGAGGCUACUGAAUCAUCUGUCCGAAGCUUGGUACAAGAGAUCACUAAUUUGAGCUAUAGGGGCCCAUAUGCAAAGCAGUUUCAAGCAGUAGGGAGAGGUGAACAAAUGCCAAGAAUUCUUGGACCAAAUAUUACAAUGAAGAGAGGUGAUUGGAUAUGCCUAAAAUGCAACUUCAUGAACUUCGCGAGGAACACUAAAUGCCUUGAAUGUGAGGAGCUGAGACCACAAAGACAGCUAACUGAUGGGGAGUGGGAUUGUCCUCAAUGUAAUUUCUUUAAUUAUCGAAGGAAUACGGUGUGCUUGAAAUGCGAGUGUAGGCGACCAGGGGAGGUUUCGUUACCUGGAUCACCUUGGCAGGCAAAAACACCAUCCGAGAGGCAGCAAACUGAUUCUCAUUAUCGAUACAAUUAUGACGAUAAUGGCAUUCCUAAUGAUGGCAACAAUUUUACGGUACGAAACAAGAAUCUAGAACAUUCAGUCAACCGUAAUCCAGAUCGAUUUCUUGGCAACACUUCGACCGGAGAUUCGGGAACAUAUUCUAACAACAUCGACAGAGGACAAAAUGGUAGAAAAGAUGGUUAUGUUCCAUUUGUACCGUUACCUGAUAUGUCUCCCAAAAAUCCCGAAAAGAUUACCGAUGAGCAUAGUGAAGAACAAUGCUCCGAAAAAUCAACCACUUAUGUUCAGAGUAGGCAUAUUUCAGAUGUUGAUAAAGAAGAAAAAUCAGAAAGAUGGUUUAAGAAGGUAAAGGAAUUGCACGGUGUCACAGGCCCGACAAGUGAUUUUCCGCAGAUUAUGCCUACGCGUAAUGGGGAAAACCGUUUUGUUGAUAGAACGAAGAAAGAUCGACCCUUUUCUCCUUACCGAAAACAACAGGCCAUGGAGCAAGGAAAUGCUAGCAGCUAUGUUCCUUUUGUGCCAUUUCCACCCGACUAUUUUGCCAAGAAAGAUAACCAGCAGCAGCCCAAGAGCCCAGAUUCAACGGUGAAACCAGCAGACGACAUCUCUUCUGGUCAUUCACAUGUGAGUUCGGCCAUCUCUUCUGGUCAUUCACAUGUGAGUUCGGCCAUCUCUUCUGGUCAUUCAGAUGUGAAUUCAGCCAUCUCUUCUGGUCAUUCACAAGGAAACCAACAUAUGAGCAGUACCAAUAAGCUGGAUUUAAAUGCCCAUUCAUCUAGUAGCCAGUUUACAAGAAAAGAAACUGUAAACAUCGGUCAAAAAACACCAGAAAACGAAAGUGGGUGGACAGGAAAGAGCCUGGAGGGAUCAGCAGUGACGGAAUCCGAUCCAUUGGACAUGUCUGAAGAGGCCAAGGCCGAAAGGUGGUUCAGACGAGUUGCACAGAUCAAGGACAUUUCCGAGCUAAGUCAAAUCCCCGAUGAAGACUUUCCGUCAAUCAUGCCAAUGCGCAAAGGGGUGAAUCGGUUUGUCGUUAGUAAGCGGAAAACGCCGCUAGAAAGGAGGUUAACAUCUCCACAGUACAGAAAGAAUCUAAGAAUCAUGAGCUCCGAUCCUAUAAAAAGAGAAGGGGAUGAUGAUACCUGAAAAUUUAGAGGUUUAGUUUCUUUCUGGUGCAAUGUAUGCUCUCAUUUUCGGAAAUUACGUUUUUGACCUUGGAGUUAGAUGAGUGUUGUAGUUAUGGCAAAAUUCGUUAUAUAUAAGAAUUAAAA